CCUCUUUUAAAUGCAUUGUAUACAAUAAUGCUAGCAAUCAAAUUAGUCUAUAACUAGCUGAGUGAAAGGCAUAACAUUCCAGUUUUCAUUUGUUAGGCUGCAUUUUGAAUUAUUAUCUUAUUCAUCUGUCAAAUAUUUCUUGAAAUGAAGAAUAAAACUGGACAAGGUAAGUAGCAUAAUUUGACAGCUUACUUUUCAAAAAUUCAUGAUACAAAGAAAGUGUGUCACUGUUCUAUCAGCAACUUCAACUUAUUCAUUAGAUUUAAAAUACGUUUAAGAAUAUUAUGCCAGUAUCAUACCCCUGGAGCUCAAUGAAUCUGUUUUCCAAAGAAAUAAGUUUAGAAAAGAUCAAUUUUGCUGGGCAGAAUUUCACGUCAUUCAGAUUUAGGGGUACUUCGGCUUCUCCAUGCAGUUUUAAUAAGAAACCAUUGGUUUGCGUAGGAAAAUGAACCGCAUUAUCAGAAUUCUAAAAGUGGAGAUAUUUUAGUUCUUCCAGAUUAUUUUGUCAAGAAGUCUUAUUUCGAGACCCUGAAUGUGUUUGAAAACCAUUUGGAUGUGGUGUUCAGGGACAUGAUCUAGCAGUGUGUUGUUACAGUUAGGGUAGCAUGGUUAGGUGGCGGUUGGACUUGAUGAUCUUGAAGGUCUUUUCCAACCUGAGCAAUUCUAUGAUUCUAUGAGAAACAAAACAACAACACCAAAAAAAACCAAGCAUUCCUGCUGAAAAUAAAAUGUUUUAAAAUGAAGCAAUUUUUUAAAAGUUUUGCAAAAUCUAUUUCCUUUGUUUUCUUUCAAAAUGCCUUUUUUUUUACUGUGAUGAUUUUACAACAUUUCUCAUCACCAAAGUCCUGUUUAAACAUUUCUCAUCACCAAAGUCCUGUUUAAACUCUGUCUGUAUAGCACUUAAGCCAGUUCCUAGCUUUAAGCACUGAGUGCCUCCAGUGUGAAGCUUACAUUUCAGAGCACUGUUGAUCCAAAUGAAAACGCCCUUAAACUCGGCAGCCAGUGAAAAUUAUCUUAGAUUUAAGUCAUGGCUGUGGUCAGAAAAGGGCUGUGGCAGAUUCUAUACACUCAUUAACUUUUGUGAUUAUUGUGUUAACUUCAAGAGAAAUGUAGAGUAUUAAUAUUGAACUGGCAUCCUUCCAAUGUAGCAAUGGAAAAGUCUAAAAAAAAAAGUCUAUCUCUAGAAACCACCCCUAUCAAUCUUCCAUCAUUGUAUUCAGUGAUUCUAGGAAGAAGUGCAAGUGAAAAAAAUUCCUAUUCUUCUUUCUUUGGUUUUAUUAACUCUUGUAAUGUUUAUUUUUUUCUUUGGCAGAAGCUGAGAAAUGCCUAUGAAAUUAAAUUAUAGUGAGCUAAAUAAGUACUGUAGCCUUGGGAAGGCUUUAAUUUUUAACAUAGGAAUUUAUACCCAUAGAAGUCACAUUUAAUUGUUUCCAGGUUCACACUGAAUCAUUUUUACUGAAGCUAAAAUGGCGGCAAGUUUUAAAUACGUAACUUUUUCAGGUUCAUCUGUAAUUAACCCUGAAUAUUGUACUUAUAUGACCACUGUGCAGAAUGAUUACUCAAAGCUUGAUCUCCCUAACCCUGAAGUCACGCCAAAACUCCUGCUGCCUUUACAUGACAUACUAUAAAAUUUCAGUGCUCAGAUGAAAUGUCUUUGAAUUCAAUAGGAUGCUAUUGACCUUUCAGGCCACAUCUACAUUAGCAAGUAGAAAAGCACAAUAGGAAGAGAUCUUCAGAGUGAAAUAGUUGGUGCUGAUGACUCAAGAUCAACUGAAUUUCUCUAAAUUCUGCAGAAUGACAGUGCACAUCAGAGGCUUUGGCAGCUGGUGUGCAUCAGUGAGGUCAUGGUACAUCCUCCACUUGAGUCUCUUCCUCAGUGAAGUUCAAGAUGGCCCUAAAGCAAACAAAUGCUUCAUAAGGGGAACAGAGGUGCUCCAGAGUACUCUGGAGCUGAAAUGGUGGUGUGGAAAGAGGUGAGUGGGGUGCACCAUGGGAUCAGUGCCAAACUGAGCACAUUUUACUGGCAUGGUUAACUGAUGUGUUGUAGGGUCUUCCCCCUCAUCUUACUUUAGCUCUCUUGUGGAUGGAAUGACAGCAAGAAGUCAAAAAAGUCUAAUUGGAUUUGUUAAGCACAUAGCAGCUGUGGUUGUGUUGUGGAUUCUUUUGGAUAAAAACCUAAGUUCAGGAUGGGUUUUAGUCCUAGAAGCAGGAGAACAUGUAGCAAGAUGCAGUGAUAACAGGAUAAAUAGGCCCACGGCAAUAACUUGGGGAAUUCUAUCACCUGAUUGCAUAUAUUACAGCACACACUGAGUAGGAGAAUUUUCUGUUGUGUUUUUUGGUUGGUUGGUUGAUUUUUCUGUUUUCGAUAGUAAGUUCCAGGCAGAUGCAAGUGUGAUAAGAUAAUCAGGACACUGAAAAUUUUGUUUUACUAUAACAAUAAAUUGUAUGAUAUUAUUGGUAAGGUGAUCCACUAGGUAAAUGCAUUCAUCCAUUUUCUUUGCAAACAGUAGGAAUGGUGCAGGUGUGUCUGAUAUAUCACUCUUCACCAGUAACACAUGAAGAAAGCGUCAGACCAUACAGACAAUUUAAAAGGUAUGUUGAGAUAAUAAAAAAAAAUAGAUAAUCAUAGAAUCAUAGAAUUGCUCAGGUUGGAAAAGACCUUCAAGAGCAUCAAGUCCAAGCACAAAAUAAUGUGCUGUAAUAAAAAAAAUACAGUCCUCAGAUCAAAUGACUUGUAUCUGCUUCUAUUUUGAUAACUUAAAAAAAAUCAACUUUUCCUCUGAAUUCUGAAUGAGAUAAAAAAGGAAAACCUUGGAAGCUUGCUGGAAUGAGAAAAUAACUUUUUGGACAAUUGUUUUCUUACUUUCCUGGUUCUGGUUAUCAGUGCAGUGAAUUUCAGCCUGAGACUGACUGCUGAAUGUCUCCAGAUCAAUUCAGAUCUAUAGAUAAAACAACAGUCAUGUGCCUUUGUGUUCUGGGAGUUCAUCGUAAUUCAGCAGUGCUUUAUGUAGUGAUUUUGAUUUUAAGCAACUAUACCAGUAGGGUAAGUGUCUGAUUAUAAAAGCAGGACACUUUAACUGGCCGCAGACGGAAAGCUCACGACAUUCUUAACUGUUGAUCCUAAACUGAAAGUUGUUAGCAUUAUCAUUAAUCAAAAAUGUCAGUUUCUACCCUUUGAUUCUUUCUUCUAGUUCUUAUAUAUGAUUCAUAUUUUCAUGCCAUAGUAUCUAUCAUCUCUUGCUGUUCUCUUUGGGUGCCCUUCCCAAAAGUUCAGCAGAAAAUUAAAUGUUUUUCAUCCCAGUCGAUUAAAAAUUGGUCUGUUCUAUUAUUAACUUUUAAAUGGCGCUAAUCCCACAGUUUUGUAUCACUUACCCGUCAUGAGAAAUGCUGAAAGUUGACAUGACAAAUAAGUCUUUAUUUUCAGUUUUAGCAAAUGAAAGCAACAUCAGAACCAUGUAUUGUGGCACCAAGACUAAUCCUUGGUGUAGCUGUCUGUCUCCCAACAGUCUUAAAAGCAUCAAAUAGAUUUCUUCCGUGUUGCAUGACUAAUAGUCAACUCCUGCAGAGAAAAUGUACACUCUGGGGCAAAUCUACAUUUAUCUAUCACACUUCCCGUAAAAAUAUACAAAUAAGUCUUUUUUCCCCUAUGUCUACAUAUCAACAUUUAUAGAAAUUGGAGCUUCUCGUACUGAGAUGUUUAUUUUUUUUAGGCAACAAUGACUCACAUUUGUUGCAUAAUUAUAAGAAACACAACAGAAUUCUUCAAAAUUAUUGUCUAAAUAACUGGGAUAUCUUUUUCCUUCACAUUUUCCUAAAGAAAACCAAUUCAUAUAGUGAACUGAUUCUGACACGGAUUCUGGUUCCAUUGUUAACAGUUCUUUUGAAAGAGCUUGUAUCCAGGGUUAGUUUGACAAAGACUGCUAUUUCUUUGUCUUCUUUUUCUACAGUAAAUCCUGAUUACAGAAGCUGAUAGCAAAUUGAAGAUAUCUCCCUGCUAUAAAUCUAGGUGACAAAGUAUAUGAAGCCUAUUGUUUAUACUGAUAAAUUGGUGAAUUCUUGUGUGCAUACAACUACAAUACUUUGCACUAGUUUCAAAACCUAUUCAAGCAGAGUAAAGGAAAUAACUUUUUUUUCCCACGUGACAUGGAUCUUUAUUCUGGUUAUUCUGCGCUACAGUAUGGGCCAUGCUUUUGUUCCAUUUUAUGGAAUGCUGUUUCAGGAGAAGGAUGUUUCAUGCUGUUAUCUGACUUUGUUGGUCAACAGGCAACGGCUGUGUACCAGGGCACUUCGCAAGACCAUUUUUCAUAGAACUAUAGAAUCACCAAGGUUGGAAAAGGCCUCCAAGAUCAUCCAGUCCAACUGUUCACCUACCACCAAUAUUUCCCCCACUAAAUCAUGUCCCUUAGUACAACAUCUAAACAUUUCUUGAACACCUCCAGGGUCAGUGACUCAACCACUUCCCAGGGCAGCCCGUUCCAGCGCCUGAUCAGUAUUUCAGAGGAAAUUUUCCUAAUAUCCAACCUGAGAUGAAGUGUCCCCAGUAGAUUCUCCCUUUAUUUGAAUAAAGAAAGACCAAGGACUCCCCUGUCUCUUUUUGGGGUAAAGAUAAUUGAGCAAGAGUAUUGGAGCAGAAACUUUCUUAACAAUAGAGUGAUUUAAUCUUAAUGGUCAAAUCCAGCUUCAGAGAGGACAGAAUUCCUUUGAGUGCAGAUGAUUUCUGACAGAUUUGCUCUAAGAACUGAGUUUUGAUAGAAUACAAAACUGCAAGGCAUUAAUCAGCCUUCUGUUCCGCUACAAAUGAACACCUCAGGCGAUUUGCCUCGGACUUACAAAAAAGGUACACUAGGCUUAAAGGUAAAAAUACUGUCUUUUAAAAGAGAUGUUUAAAUUAUGAGGUUGACUACAAUAAAACAUAAAUGUUAAUAUUAGAAGUGUAAGUAUCUUAUGCAUCACUUGAUCUGAGAUCUAAUAAGAAUAAUCACUUCCCCAUGCUAAAGCUGUUUGGCAUAGAGCUCAUAAAAAUAAUAGCAAUACUUACUAAUAGGUAGAAACACACAUUCCACAAAUGAAGGCAUACCCGGUCUCUUUCUCUAUCAAAUAUUAUUAAAGAAGAAAUCUGUAGGCCUGAUAUCUGCAGCAUUAGUCCAGUUUUUGGCACAGGCCUCACAGAGAUUCUCUGUGGCUGGAAUUCAUUCAUUUUGUGUCAUUUAAGCGGUGCAAAGUAGACAGAAGAAUUAAUGCUUUGUUUGAUAGAAAAAUGGAUGGAAAAUUUUGUAGAACUUAAUCUCUUUUCUGUAAUUUGGGCAUCUGAGUUUCCUCUGCCAUUUCAAAAGCCUGUAACCCAUGUUAAAAACAGCAUUGACUCUCUUCUAAUUCAUUCUUAAUGGAGUAAUGGAAAUAUAAUUCCUAUAGAAAUCAAUAGAGCUUCUGUCACCAGAUCUCAGUAAGAGCUGGAUUGUGUGACUGGCAUUUUUAUUAUUAAGAAUCACCACUCACUUAGGAAAACCAAAGUAUGUUCUUAAAAUCAAAAAGAAUGCAGCAGUUCAAGGUAACGGAGCAUAAGAAAACCUUUUCUUGAAUAAGAAAUUCAUUAGCUGUGGCUGGAUAAAAAAUAUUUAUCUAAUGUGUAAUGCCACAAAGUUGUGAAAUUGUAAACUCCCCGUUUAUUUUGUUAUUUUAGCAUGUUAUUUAUUUCAUGGAAAGAAGGACAGGAAAAUAAAAGGAUAAAGACUUUAAGUAGUUAUUGUGAGUAGAAAAUAUGAAGUGCAGUAUCAUGAGCUGUGGGACUCUAGAGUUAUUACUUAAAAUUUCAAUGUAUAGGUCAAUAAGAAAGCAUGUAUUUUCAGAUCCCUACUUGUAUAGUUGUUCUUUUGCUUAAUUAUCUCUCUUGGAAUUUUCACGACAGUUAGCAAUUUGUUUUUGGCUACUUCCUGUGACAGUGAGAUCCAGACUACUUGCUGGGAAUGUACCCGUACUUUUAUCUGUCUUAAAACAGGUAGGUAGCUGGGCGCGUGCUAUACAUUUUUUUGGUCAAGGAGUUCAUGCUUCUAUCGAGAACCAGAGCUGUAGAAUCCCUUCAAACUUCUGGUCCACCACAUUCUGGAACUGGGGUGAAGUGAGGCUGUCUGUGUCGUGCCAUGCCCUUGCUGGGGUCUCCCGUGGCUUCUUCCCAGCAUUUGGGCUCUAGGUUGUGAUUACCCCAAGCAGAUCUGGCUAUAGGCUCACCACCUCGGCAGGAAAAGCAAUCACUGAGCUUGGGGAUGCACUCAGCACCCAAACACGUUUCUUAUCAUCAGCACAAACAGCCCCAAGACCAAUGUGAGCUGAGAAGCAAGACUGUCUAUAUUUUUGUAGCAUGGGGGAUAUCUGCUUGUGCCUAUGCUGCUAUUCCCAUACCUCCGUCAAUGAGUGUAUGGCCAGAAGUGCCUCUUUCAAGCAAGACUGCUUCUCAGUUCUCAAAGAUGACACAGUUUCACAUUGUCUGUGCUGCAACUCCUGCAGAAACUUAGCAUGAAUUUAUAAUAACACCUUGUGCUAAGUGCUUUUGAGGAGCUUCUUUUGCUCCAUUAACUUUUCCUCCAUUUACUUUCAACUUAGAGAAAUCAGAUCUCCGGGCUUGCUUUGACCCUUGGGAAUACAACUGAAGUCUCACUUAAGGUCCUUAAAUUCUUUUUGUGGAUCUUAGCCUUGACUUUUAAAAUGUCAUGGGACUGAGAGUUGACCUUAUAAUGCAUUGAUUCUGUCUGGCUUAGUUAUUGCGGCAGUAGUUGCAGCACUGGAUCAGAAAUAAUGCUCCAGAAACUCUGCAGUGGUGGUUUUUCACCUCAAGGUGAUAUCACUGUGUUCCUGGUAGGAAAAAAAGGUGAGAAAAAGUAGCAUCAUUCAUUAGUUAUUAUAUAAUCAAGUAUAUCUGAUUGCAUUAACACAACUGCAUUUUUAUCAGUGAACGUGCAUCUGAGUUUGGUUGACUCAACACCAGACACUGCAGAAUUUAAAGGCAUUUUUGCUAACAAUUCCAACAAAAAAUUGUGUUUACACCAAAACCUUUGCUCUACUGAAAUCUUGAAACUGGUUUAUUCUAAUAACCCUUUUCGUCCUGCAGAAAUAUUUGAUCCUGAUCAAUUUUCCACCCAUUUUCUUACAGAGACUUACUGCAGCUGAUGCUGCAGCAGCAAAGAAUUUGGACCCAAGAAGGUCAGUGUUUUGAUCUCCACUGCAUGUCUGAGAUCUUCUUUGCUUUCUUCAAGUGACGAUGUCACUGUUUGUAACAAGCGGAACUCCUAAGCCCCGCUCUGCUAUAACCUUAAAGCCCAGUGCCAGCUUCUGCCUGCCCGUCCCUCCCUAUUCACCACUACCAAGCCCCCCAGGACGCGGCUGGAGGCAGCGCUGACUGAUCGCCGCGAGCAGGCUGUGGGCUCGCAGCAGCAGCUCUCUGCCUCUGACAUCACUCCCAGAGCUCACAUCCCACUUCGAGCUCCCUUCGUUAGUCAGUCCAUUGGUCGGGAGAGGAGGCAGGAGACGCUGAGAAGAGGAUCGCUGAGGAACAGAACAAAACAGAGGGGCUACAUCAUGAAAUUCCUCCCCGCUUAUUACUUGCUGCCUCUUUUUCCUGCACUGGUUUUCAGCGCUGGACAGGGCUAUGAAGAACUGGAGAGACAGCUGAAGGAAGUCUUUAAGGAACGGAGCAAUAUUCUUCGUCAACUGUCGAAGACUUCUAAAGAACUCGAGGGAAUUAAAGUAAAUCUCCAGUCUUUGAAAAACGAUGAAGCAUCAGCCAGGAGUGAUGUGCAGAAACUUCUGGAACUGGGCCAGAAGCAAAGGGAAGAAAUGAAAUCUCUUCAGGAGGCCUUUCAAAAGCAGCUUAAUGAGGCAGCUGAGAAGGCAGAAAAGCAGCAGGCUACUAUUAACUUUCUGAAGACAGAAAUGGAAAGGAAGAGCAAAAUGAUCCGGGACCUCCAAAAUGAGAACAAAAGCCUCAAAAACAAGCUGCUGUCAGGAAACAAGCUUUGUGGUAUUCAUGCAGAAGAGUCAAAAAAGAUCCAAGCCCAGCUGAAAGAACUUCGUUAUGGGAAAAAAGAUUUGAUUUUCAAGGCACAACGGCUGACAGAUCUGGAGCAGAAACUAGCAGCUGCAAAAGAUGAACUGGAGAAGGCAGCCCUUGACAAGGAGUCGCAGCUGAAAGCUCUGAAGGACACUGUGCAGCUUUGCCUGUCCUCCGUUCUGCGCAAUCAGCCUCCUGCUGCCCAUCGAAUCCCUUCAAAACCAGCAGAGAAGCUGACAUCUCCAGCUACAAAGGGCUCAAAAGUUCCAUUUCCAGUGACAAGCACCAAGCAAAAUGCCUCAGCAGAGAAAGAGAGUCUUCACGUGGCCUCAAGAAAGGAAGAAAACCAGAGUGUCCAGGAGUGCGAUUCUCAGGAUGUUGGCAAGACGUGUUUGGGGAAUUACAAUAACUCAGCAUCUCGUUUGAAGACAGCAGAAACAGAGACAAGCUUGCAGCAGAUGUUGCGCAACCCUCCAUGGACUACACCUGAAGAGAAAAAGUCAACUGAAAGAAAUGAGAAAAAGUUUGAAGAUUCUGUUAGCACAAAAGAAAAGAAACUCUAAAUACCACUUAUAGACAUUUACAAAUGUUCAUCACUUGCUUCCAUCUUCGUAUUCUUUUUAGUCUAUAGGCAAGAAUAAGGCAGGUUUCUAAAGCAUGCAUUUCCCACUAUUUUAUGAAUGUUUGUUAGCUAGUCUAGAAUAGACCAAUUAGUACCUUUCAGCAGUAAUCCAAAAUGGAUGUUUGAAGAAAUGCUUUGUAAUACAGUCCAGUUUUUGAACUAUUAUUAUACCUGACUUAGUAAUUGCAUACUAUAAAUUAGUUUCGAUGUUAAAAAAAGCCAUUCCCAAGUAUUUUCUCAGUCUGUUCUAUUUAAUGCACCUUUAUGUCAGGUUAGGUUUUAGAUCAAGAAUUAAAGGACAGUGAAUGCAAAAAAAGAAAAAAAAAGAUCAAAAAUCUGUGUAAACCUAGUCAGAGUACAAUGCAACUCAUAAGAGCAAAUGUAAAAAUGGGACAGUAGGGCUCUAUGUAUACUUGACAUUGCGCAAUACCAUUUUAAAUAUGCUUACUUAAACAAUAAAAUAUGUUUGGUUGCUGUUUUUUUCUAA